AUGAACAACGGACAAUCAGCAACAAAUGUAUCGGCAGUUUCAGGAGGUGCAGAAGAUCGUCAACGUAUCAAACUUCAAGAAAUUCAAAAUGUUCUUCUAAUCUGGUUAGGCAACAAUAUCGACGAGAACAAAGACGAUUGCCAAAAUACAAUCACACAAUUGCGACGGGUUGUCAACGAUAUUAAUACAUUUACAGAUGUUGAUCAAUGCUUUGAGUUCAUUGAAACAAUCGUCGACCAAAAGGCGUGUAUGAUCGUAUCUGGAUCAGUUGGACAACAUUUUGUGCCUUUUGUGCACAAUAUGUCUCAAGUUGAUUCGAUUUUUAUUUUUUGUGACAACCGAAAACUUCAUGAACAAUGGGCCAAAGACUGGCCGAAAAUAAAAGGUAUCUUCACAGAUAUUACACCAGUCUGCGAAGCUCUCAAGGAAGCUGCUCAUCAAUGUGAGCAAAAUGCCAUUCCCAUCAGUUUCGUGGAAUCAAAUCAAAAGUUGGAUCAAUUAGAUCCUUCUUUUAUGUACACCCAAAUCAUUAAAGAAAUAUUAUUAACCAUCGACUUCGACCAAAGUCACCUUCAGGAUUAUAUUAAUUACUGUUGCGAUGUUUUUCCAGAUAACGAAAAACAAAUAGAAAAUAUUAAACGAUUACAAGAUCAAUAUCAUAGCAAAACACCGAUCUAUUGGUACACGUGUGACAUGUUCCUAUAUCCCAUGCUCAAUGGCGCAUUACGAUUAAUGAAUGGUGAUAUCAUUACACGUAUGGGUUUCUUCAUUGGUGACUUGCAUCGACAGAUUGAACAACUACACCAGGAACAAUAUGCUGGUGCAACUGCUGCUGAUACCUUCACCGUUUUUCGUGGUCAAGGUUUAUCUACAGGGGAUUUUGAACAAAUGUUGAAAAUCAAAGGUGGUCUUAUUUCAUUCAACAACUUCUUAUCCACUAGUAAAGAUCGUGAUGUUUCCUAUGUUCUUGCCGACAGCAAUCAGGUCAAUCCAGAUUUAGUUGGAAUACUUUUUGUUAUGAAAGUAGAUCCAUCUCAAUCAACAUCACCAUUUGCUUCAAUUGCUAAUAUUAGCAAGUUCCAAGGUGAAGAAGAAGUCUUGUUUUCGAUGCAUAGCGUGUUUCGUAUCCAAGGUAUUAAACAGAUGGAAGAAAAUAAUCGUUUAUAUGAAGUUAACUUGGUACUUACUACUGACAACGAUCCAGAAUUAAGUAGACUUACUGAUUACAUUCGAGAAGAGAGUUUUCCAAAGUGUGAAGGAUGGUACCGACUGGGUUUAGUACUAUGGAAAAUGGGUCAAGUUGACACAGCUGAAGACAUUUAUCACAUUUUACUGGAUCAGACGGAGGAUGAUCAACACGAGGGAAACAUUUAUCAUCAACUUGGUUUGAUCAAAGGCCAUCAAGAAGCACUUACACUCUAUGAAAAAUCACAUGCUAUCAAGCAAAAAACUCUUCCACCUAAUCAUCCUAUUCUGGCUAUGUCCUACAACAACAUUGGUUUAGUGCAUGACAGUAUGGGUGAUUAUCCAGAAGCACUUUUAUCUCAUGAAAAAGCCCUUGAAAUCAAACAACAAUCACUUCCUUCCAAUCAUCCUGAUUUGGCUAUGUCCUACACCAACAUUGGUUUAGUGCAUGACAGUAUGGGUGAUUAUCCAAAAGCACUUUCAUUUCAUGAAAAAGCCCUUGAAAUUCAACAACAAUCACUUCCUCCCAAUCAUCCUGAUUUGGCUUCUUCCUACAACAACAUUGGUUCAAUGCAUGAUAGAAUGGGUAAUUAUCCAGAAGCACUUUCAUCUCAUGAAAAAGCCCUUAAAAUCAAACAACAAUCACUUCCUUCCAAUCAUCCUGAUUUGGCUAACGAGGGAAGGCCACCAACUGUCCCCUCGCUUUUGAGUUGA